CAGCCAUGGCGGCAAAUUCUUGUACUUGUCUUUUCAUACUCACAUGGCUAUUGGCCUUGUGCAUUUCAGGUUAUAUGGCUCAUACACCAAAAGUUGUAAACAAAACUAUCACAACAUACCCGAGGCCCCGCACCAAGUUGAUGAACAAAAUCGAUUCCUGUUGGAGAUCGGACCCGAAUUGGGAGUCGAACCGGAAAGCCCUAGCCGAUUGUGCAGUAGGGUUCGGCAGCAAUGCAAUGGGAGGUAAGAACGGGGCAAUAUAUGUGGUGACCGACCCAUCGGACGACCCCGUUAAUCCCAAACAGGGCACGCUCCGGUACGGGGCGAUCCAGACCCAGCCACUUUGGAUCAUUUUCGAAAGGGACAUGGUUAUUACUCUUAAGAAUGAGCUGAUGGUGAACAGCUAUAAGACCAUAGAUGGUAGAGGUGCAAGAGUCGAAAUAUCCAACGGGCCAUGCAUCACUAUAGAUGGUGUAAGCCAUGUCAUAAUACAUGGGAUUAGCAUUCAUGACUGCAAGCCCGGGAAGGCCGGAAUGGUCCGGAGCACGCCCGAGCACGUCGGAGAGAGGCUUGGUUCUGACGGCGAUGCCAUCAGCGUGUUCACGUCGUCCAAUGUGUGGAUCGACCAUUGCUACCUGGCUCGGUGCACUGAUGGUCUUGUAGACAUCAUACAUGCGUCGAAUCUUGUAACUGUUUCCAAUAACUACUUCACUCAACACGACAAGGUGAUGCUGCUGGGACAUAGAGACGGAUAUACAGCCGACAGAAUCAUGAAAGUGACGGUAGCUUUUAACCACUUUGGCCCUGGAUUAGUUCAAAGGAUGCCAAGAGUUAGAUACGGAUACGCCCAUGUCGCCAACAACCGGUACGAUCAGUGGAUAAUGUAUGCAAUUGGUGGGAGCGCGGAUCCAACAAUUCUCAGUGAAGGCAACUACUUUUUUGCUUCAAAUGACCCUUAUGCUAAACAGGUUACGAAACGGGAGACGCACGAUGGGUGGAAGAGCUGGAAAUGGAGAUCGACAAAGGAUGUAUUUGUAAACGGGGCGUACUUUGUGCCGUCAGGUUGGGGAAGCUGUGCUCCAAACUAUGCAACACCGCAGUAUUUUGGUGCAGCACCAGGAUCCUUGGUUCCUGCCUUAACAUCUGAUGCUGGCCCUCUCCUUUGUUUGCCUUAUCAAGAAUGCUAACCUAUAUAGUUCUCUAUUAUAUACAUAUAAAUUAAAUUUGAUCGAACCUGAAUCAAUUAUACAGGAAGUGUAAUAUAUUUAGGUUAUAGUUAAGAGAAAGUAACCAAUCACAUAACAAUUCUAUUACACUUACUUUAUAAUUAAUUUGAUUCGAUCAAAUUUAAUUUGCGUAAAAUUUUUCCAUAUAUAUACACAGAGUGGCAUGCUGUCAGGUUUUGUAAUAUCUUAAACCUAAUCUCUGCCCUUUAAAUUUUUUCCCUUUUUUCUUCUUUCUUUUUUUGGUGUGUGUGUGGGCGUGGGGGAAUUAUUUUGCGGUUGCCUCAUUGUAAAAUGAUCCUUUUUCAUUUCGGGAUGUAAAUCUUUUGUUGUUAUUGUUCUAAGGAAAAUGUACUUGUAUUAAUCUUCCUGACUACCAUAUUAAAGUGCCAUUGUCUCAUUUUACAGAUUUAGUGGGCGUAGU